UUCAGCCACAAGUUCCAAAUCUAACCCUAGUUCAAUCACUCUCUCUCUCUCUCUCUCUCUGAGGUUCAUUAUUAUAUAUAUCUGUAAACGUGAAACCAAAUCCAAGUAAGUUUAAGCGUUACAUCGUCCGGUUGCAUUAUUACCGCUGUCUCGAUUCGUUGGUUUGAGACCUUUUAACUCCAGUUCUCGGCGGCCUCCGGCGGUGGGAAACGAGCUAAUCUUCGUGCAGUUGAAGUUGAAGGAUUCUAUGGAGUCUCUUGGAUCGCACCUCACGGAACCGAAUUCCCAGUUUCAGAACUCGGCCGAAACCCUAGGCUCCUACAACCAUGUUUCGUACGAGGCUUUGGCGUCUUCCGGUCAACAGGCUCCCCAAGCCCUAGGUUCGGGAGAAAAUCCUUUUCACUCUGUUGCUUCCGAUGAUCCGAAGCAGGCCGUUUCGAACGCGGAAAACGGGCAUAAGGAGUUUGGAGAGAAGGCGUCUGAGGAUGCUCAGAUUCACAAGCCGUUGGUGUGUGAAAACGGUUUAACCAACGCUCACAGCGGAACCGACAGGGACUGCUCUGGCGGGGAGGAGGAGACGUCCAGCAGACGGAGGAGGCGUAGCCGCUGGGACCCCCCUCCUAGCGAUUCGAAUGAUGGUGCUGCCUGCAGCGAUGGUACUGGGACUGGCGGCAGGAAGAGGAAGUCCCGGUGGGCUGAUGAAGAACCGAAACCGGUAAUUCAGUUGCCUGAUUUCAUGAAAGAUUUCACUGGAGGUUUUGAGUUUGACCCUGAAAUUCAAGCAAUUAAUAGUAGGCUUCUUGAGAUAAGUAGAAAAUUGCAAUCUGGGUUACCGCUGGAUGACCGGCCCGAGGGUGCUCGAUCACCUUCGCCCGAACCCAUAUAUGAUAACAUGGGAAUACGAAUAAACACUAGGGAAUAUAGGGCCCGUGAACGAUUGAACAGGGAGAGGCAAGAAAUUAUAUCACAGAUUAUUAAAAAGAAUCCCGCAUUUAAGCCCCCGGCUGACUAUCGGCCACCAAAGCUUCACAAGAAGCUUUACAUACCAAUGAAAGAGUACCCAGGCUAUAAUUUCAUUGGACUUAUUAUUGGGCCAAGGGGGAACACGCAGAAAAGAAUGGAAAAAGAGACUGGAGCUAAAAUUGUAAUUCGGGGUAAAGGGUCAGUGAAAGAAGGUAAAUUACUCCAGAAGAGGGACUUAAAACCCGAUCCAUCAGAGAAUGAGGAUUUACAUGUCUUAGUGGAAGCAGAUACACAAGAAUCCCUUGAUGCUGCAGCAGGCAUGGUGGAAAAGCUCUUACAGCCUGUUGACGAAGUCCUUAAUGAACAUAAGAGGCAACAGCUCAGGGAACUUGCUGCUUUAAAUGGAACUAUAAGAGAUGAGGAGUAUUGUAGAUUAUGUGGUGAAGCAGGCCACAGACAGUUUGCUUGUCCUUCUCGUACUUCAACUUUCAAAAGUGAUGUUCUCUGUAAAAUAUGUGGUGAUGGUGGGCAUCCAACCAUUGAUUGUCCAGUGAAGGGAACGACAGGUAAGAAAAUGGAUGAUGAGUAUCAGAACUUCUUAGCAGAGUUAGGAGGGGCAGUCCCUGAUUCUUUGUCUAAGCAAAGCAGUGGAAUUCUAGCCCUUGGUUCAGGCAGUUCGGGAAGCAAUCUUCCUUGGGCAAGUGGUAACGGUGCUGGUGGCACCACACAAGCAGGCUUGGGGACAAAUGGAGUAAAAAAAGAAUACGAUGAUACAAAUUUAUACAUUGGUUACUUGCCACCUACUCUUGAUGAUGAUGGCUUAAUCAGGUUGUUUACACCUUUUGGUGAUAUAGUGAUGGCUAAGGUUAUUAAGGACCGGGUUACUGGAUUGAGCAAGGGUUAUGGUUUUGUUAAAUAUUCUGAUGUUCAACAGGCCAAUAAUGCUAUUGCUAGUAUGAAUGGCCAUCGUCUAGAUGGUAGAACAAUUGCUGUGAGAGUUGCUGGUAAGCCCCCCCAGCCUGCUGUUCCUCCAGGUCCUCCCACUUCGGCUGUCCCUACAUAUCCUGUUCAAAGCCAUGCUGCUGGUGCCUAUCCAUCCCAGCAGUUUACUCAAGGUGGUCCACUUGGGAAUGCACCUCCUGGGAGCUAUGCUGCUGCUCCAGUUCCAUGGGCACCACCUGUACCUCCUCCUUAUGCUUCUUAUCCUCCUCCCCCACCAGGAUCAGCCGUGUAUACCCCUAUCCCAGGUCAACCACUGCCUGCUUACGGAGUUCAAUAUCCCCCACCAAUGACAGUUUCUUCUGCCACAUCAUCAGAGACUGUAUCUUCUGGUGAAUUACAACAAAGCUACCCACCUGGGGUGCAAUCUCAAAGUACCUCUUCUGUUCAAGGUGUUCCUUCCAAUGUAUAUGGGAACUCUGCAGCAGCAAUGCCCCCAGACAUUCAACCUGCUUAUCCAACUUCUUUUGCUUACCCAUCCUAUUAUGGUGUAGCUCCCCAACAACCCCCUCCUCCCCCACCUCCUCCUGUGUCUCAGCCAGCACUGGACCAGCCACCGAGCAUUGGAAAUGUCCCUUGGGCACCAAAUCCACCAGUUCCUCGGCCUGUUACAACAGCUGACAAGACUACUUAUGGUGCAGAUACAGAGUAUGAGAAGUUCAUGGCAGAGAUGAAGUAGUGAGGCUUUGUGAAUACUGCAUUUGGAUUGACAGGGAUGGCUUAGAAGUAUAUCGUGCCUAAAAAAUCUAGCAGCAGAACCAGUAUUUUCAUCUGCAUACAUCAUAUACUUGGUUUAAAUUUUAGUGAAGUAAAAUAGAUGGUACCAGUCCCUCGUAAGCCCCAUAGAUCCAAUGAAAUUUUUGUGGUUUUGCCUAACAUUUUGUAUUUGAUCAGUGGACAAGUAGGGUCACAUUCUGCAUCAGCAAUCUUCAGAUUACAGGUUAUCAUCUCAUGCAGAUACACAUAUAGUUAAACUAUUAUGAUUGUUGUUGAGCUUAUGGGCAGAAAUUUAUUUUUAAGAAUGUUGGAUCGACACGUAGAUUUCUGCCCUCUCUAUGCAUGUAUGUAGCAUAUUCUUAUGUAUGAACCUAUUGAUUUAUCUUUGGUGUGAGGGUAUCCAAAAUUAACAUUCCACAGGACAAGUGUUUCUCUGUUAUUUGUAGUUCUUUUGGCCCCAAGAAACUCAGUUCAAGCAUAUGGUGAUGUAUUUCCCAUAUAAAUUGUUUUGAGCCUGGCUCUGCAUUAUUAGGCGAUACCAGCCUGAUAAUAUAUAUAUAUAUAUAUAUAUGUUGAUGUGCUACUCUUGUUUCUUUGAGUGAUCCUCCUUUAUAAUGUUACCUUUUUGUCUCAAAAAAUUAAGUGUCUUAAGGAAAAGUGUUAUGCUGUCCUCUUUUUUGUUCCAUUGCUUUUUGUAUACUGUUUUCACAUUUCUUAACAUUAUCUCUUUGUUACUGUUGCAAUAUUUUGACAGGCGUGAAUCAUUCUUGGAGCUCUUGUGAACCUGAUUUCUUACCUCUUGCCAUGACUUCUUGUUGGAAGUUUGGGACUCACAUCUUUAACCUUGCUGUACUAUUAUUACAUUUGCAGAGACAUGGCCAAAGUGUUUAGUUCAUUCAGUCUUUUUGAUGGAGUAGUCAUUCAGAAGCUUCUUAAUUUUUGGCUCAUCUAUGUACGGCUUGAGUUCAUCAUUGGGAUGGUUGUUGGCGUCCACAUGGCUUCUCCUUUCUAAUACUUUCUCUUCUGUUUUUGUGUGUGAGGUUUUUUUUAGUUAGUUACUAACUUUUGUACUGUUCUAUUUUGGUUGACUUUUUUGGUUAACUAUUUUGUUGGUCCUUUAACUGUGUGCUUUCUUCUCUAAUUGAUGCCUCAUUUUCACUGUGACAAUUUUCCUAAGUUGUCAUAGUUGGCUCUUUGCCAUGAACCUGAAGCAGCCAGAUGUGUCAGUUCAUUAUCCCCUGAAGAUUCUGGGGUAUGUGAGAUAUGUAAUUCUCAUUACUUUUUGUAUAAUUCUGUUUAGCUUUUAUUUUGCUACUCUGAUGACCAUUUUAGUUCAUGUGUGACAGGUGAAAGAACUUCUAUUUGUGCAACAUUUGGCCUUUAUCCAUUCUCAUAAGAUUUCUAGUGGUAAUUGUAGAAACUUUGUUAGACAUAGACCUGAAAAAUUAGUCUAGUUUGAGUUUAAUUAUGUUGGUCUAGAUACAAAAGUGAUUAGAGAUAGGGAGUGAUAUAUUGCAAAUGCGGUUGUUAAGGAAAGAGGAAGGUAUAAUAAGGAAUGGUAAAGAAGUAUUUACAAUCUUGUAAUUGUUUGGGGCCACUCUCUUUAGAAGAUGCUUGGCUACUGCAAUUUUGAUGACACAGCAUUUGAAAAUUGCAUUUUUGCCGAAGAGAAUUCCAGGCAAGCACAAUUUUGUUUCUUUCAAGAAUAUAUUGAAGAAGAACUUGAAUUGGAUUUUGAAGUUUGUCCUUGCACAGGUAGAAUUAAUACUGCUAAGCAAAGUUUAUCCUUGUCUAUUUCAAAGACUGGAUAUAAGAGAAGUGGUCUAGAUAAUAAAGAAAAAAAUGGCCUCCUUGGGGGAAGUCCUUAAUUGUUAAAUAAUCUCCACUGCAAGUACCACCUCACCCUGAUCCAAAGAGCCUCGUGAAACAGUCUAAAGGAAACAAAUCUCUCUGUUUCUAUUAUUAUUUUAUAGUUGGAACUGGUGAGACCUUGUUUUCAUGUCUGGAAUUUUUUCAUGAAUGCUCAACUUUUAGGCCAUUUGGGUCUGUAUUUUGUUAUUUUUUCUUUGGCAUGCUAAGUUAUGUACAAUUUCUCUGGUACAUCGUGUACGACUUCUGAGUGCUUGCACAGCACUCAGCAUCUGCUAUGAGAGUUAGAGUGAAUUUGGAAGGGUAGGAAGAGCAUGACAGUACCAAUCUCAGAGCCAUAGGUUCCCUGAUGGCUCAAAAAUUUUGGACUAUAUUUUAAUUGUAUAUAUAACUAACAUUAUUUGUUCCUUAGAAGUAGUCUUAUUUGACAUUAUUAGAACCUUAUAGCUGAUAUAUUUGGCUAGUACUUAACUGGGUCAUGUGUGAGAGGAAUAAUAAUGGAUAAGAGUUCAAUUCCUCUCCUGCUUUCAUCUGUACUGUUCUUGGUGUGGUUUAAUUAGGAAAUAUUGCAUUUAUUUUUAAUAGCGUGAGUAUUUAUUUUCUAGGUUGUCUUUAUUAGUAUAUUGUGAAUCAUUUUUCUGCAUUAUAAUUUUGUCAAAAGUUUUCUUUCUUGGAUCAGUCUGCAACAGGUAAAAAUAUGAUUUUGUUUUCUUCAUUGUUUUUGUAUCACAACUUGUAUACUUACUUCUUUGUAAAUUAUUGAAUAUAAUGAUUGGAUUUCUCUCGUUUUAAUCUCUUUGGAUAUUAUUUGUCCAACUUUUGGAACUUUUACAGUACUCAUAAUGUGAUACUUUUUCACUGACCAGGCAAAGUGCGUUGGGUUUUAUAUUUUUAUGUCAACCUUUAAGCUAUCAAAACUUGGCCAAUCAACAUUGACGUUACUUGUUCUUUUAACCUUCACUUUGAGAUAGUAUUUGUGGUAGAAUCUAGUUUUGGUAUAAUUAUUAAGCAGUUAAUCUUGAGUGGUACUUUACCUGCUGACCAUUCCAUCUAUCAUUCUACUGAUUGUGAUUUGUAGGUUUCUGCAUUUAUCCUGCAUUCAACAAGAAUUUUCCUUUCUUGUUUUGAUUGAAUUCAACUAAAAGUAGAUGUGCACGUAAAAUUUCAUUUUUGUGCAUAGCUCCCUUUCUGCAAAUUCUUUGAAGCAAUAUGAUGAAAUCUGCUCCGCUAAAAAUCCUCUCAAGUUCCAUGAUAUAUUUAUAUUUUCUGAAGCUUGCCCUGGUUGUUUUGAGUUUGAGAAGAGUGGAAUUCCAAAUCUUAGGAGAUUGUACCAUGACUCUCAAAUUGUGUUGAGGCCACUAGGCCCGCUACUACUACAACAACAGUACGUGUACAAGCCUUAAUCUCGCU